ACUCCUAGUCUCUUCCUCCGCGCAGGAACUCGUUCGUCUUCUCCAGCUUAUCUCUUUGUCAAUCCUUCACUCCAUCUUCAAGGCUCAUCCAAAGGAUAGCACCGAAUUACAUUAUGGAAUAUUUCGGGAUUGUGAGGACUUGGAAAUUGCAAUUGGCAACGGUGUAGCUGUUGGAAAAAACUCAAUCGGGUUGGGUAGUACUACCGAUGCAAGAACAUUAGGUGUCGGAGAAGGCAGAGAUGCGCACAUAGAAGACCUUGAUAAUCCAUUCAUAAUACAUUCAUAAUAAACAAUCUAUCACAAUCUUAUAAAAUCCUGCUAACAAAAUACAUUAAAAUCCAUCUAACUCUGCAUAGAUUAAAAUUUAAAAAUGCGAGGCAGAAUUUGAGGGAUUGAGCAAAAUUGUGCAUCAAAUUUCUCGCAUUGCAACCGCCUCUCUGCAUAAUCACAAAACCCUUCCUCCCCUACACACUUGCAUUUCACCAACCUUCUGCUGCGCUUGUCUUCCGUCUAUAGAUAGGCUUCGUGCCGGCGGCUCUUCGCUCCGGCGCUCCUCGUCGCUGGCCAGCCACCGGGGAGUUGAUUGGAUUUGAUUCAGGUUGGUGUUCUUGUAUCAGUGGUCAUGGUAUUUUGUGACAAUUGUGGACAAUAUGUCCAUGCUGACCAGUCCGACGGCAGAUCAUGUUGUACAUUGUGUGGGAAAGUCCUUAGUGAAGACAAUUUAGUGUCAGGUCCUACGUUUGUUAAAGAUGCCACCGGACAGGAAGUUUUGUGAGAUCUGUGCAAAGUCAUUUCUCAGCUUCACGGGAUAGAACAUUGAAGGAUGCUUAUGAAGGUAUAGAAGGCAUGGUGUAUGCACUUGGAAUAGAUGGUGGUGAUUCUGUAGCCAAUCAUGCUUUAAACUUUUAUACGAUAGCACUUGAUCGAAAAUUCACCCAGGGACGCAGAAAGGAGCAAGUUCAGGCAGCGUGUCUUUACAUUACUUGUAGUCUAGAGUCAGAGGUGGAAGUCAGGAUUGACUCUCACCUAGUACCUAAGGUAGACAAGUUUCGAUAUCUUGGCUCGGUAAUACAGGCUGAUGGGGAGUUAGAUGCAGAUGUUGGGCAUCGCGUUGGAGUGGCUUGGGCCAAAUGGCGAUUAGCUUCAGGAGUGUUGUGUGAUCCGAAGAUUUCGCCUAGAAUGAAAGGUAAGUUCUAUCGAUCCGUAGUCAGACCUGCUAUGUUAUAUGGGGCAGAGUGUUGGGCGGUUAAGAAGACUCAUGUGCGUCGUCUGCAUGCGGCGGAGAUGCGGAUGUUACGAUGGAUGUGUGGGAAGACAAGGUUGGAUAGGAUUUCGAACGAAGUUAUCCGACGUCAGGUAGGCAUGGCACCGGUGGAAGAUAAGUUGCGGGAAGCGAGGUUGAGAUGGUUUGGCCAUGUGAGACGGCGGUAUGCUGACGCCCCUGUACGGAGAUGCGAGAGGAUUACAGUUAUUGGGGGAAGUAGGGGAAGGGGUAGGCCUAGGAAGAAUUGGAAGGAGGUGAUUAGGCAGGAUUUAGGACUUCUCGACCUGUCUGAGGAUAUGGCCCUAGAUAGGAACCUUUGGAAAACUAGGAUUAGAGUAGCUGGAUAGGAGCUCGGUGUUGUAGAGGUGGAGCCGGGGGUCUCUUGGAAACAGCCUCCCUACUUCCGAGUAGGGGCAAGGU